GGUGUGCGAUUCCCCCCCGCCCACCGAAUUGAUUGACAGCUGCGCGUAUUAACAUAUCCUGAGUUUGCCGUUUCCGCCAUUAUCAGCGUGUACGUCGAAGCGAUGCCACCAAGAGAACACCCUUGUGCUAUUUUAGGAUGUAAGGCUCAGCACAAGGGCCUUCACCGUCUUCCUGCAAAUGAGCAACAGAGGCUUAAGUGGCUGAGUUUUAUCUUUGAAGACAAGGUGCCUGAAAAUGUACCAAAACUGUUGUAUGUUUGCGCUAACCACUUUAGCGUAGACUGCCUCGAGAACGCGGGACAAUACAACUGCGGAUUCGCGAGUAAAUUGUUUUUGAAAACUGGAUCAGUUCCUACAACACGUGAUCCUGCCUCACUUCAAGUAAGUAUUACAUUUUAUGUACUUCUAGCCUUAGCAUUCUAAUUAUGAUAAGCCGAUGAAUAGCAUCUGCGGCUAAAGUAGCUUCGGAUGUUUGUUUGCACGUGUUUACCUCUUAUUGUGCUUUUCAAAAACAGUCUAAAUACUCGAAGCUGCAAAUGGUAGUGUGUACAUGAAGGGGGUUUAGCCAUUAGAAACAGAAACCGUAGAAAAAUAGCAACAUUGUAAAAAGCAGUACCACUGGCUACAGCUAAAGUUUGUUGUUGUUAAAUGUUUGUUGUACUGUAAUGGUAAGCCGAAAUGAAUAGCAUCUAAAAGUUAAAAGCAGCCAAAGUUGCUUCGGAUGUUUGUUUGCACGUGUUCACUGCUAUUAUGCUUUUCUAUAACAAUCUAAAUAAUCGAAGCUAUAAGUGGUAACUGUUAGUGUGUACAAGAAGGGCUUUUAGCCAUUAGAAACAGAAACCGUAGAAAAAUAUAAACAUUGUAAUAAAGCAGUGACCAGUACUGGCUACAACUAAAGUAUGUUGUUUAUGUGGGAUGUUUGUUGUAAUGUGUAUACUGUAAUGUUAAGCAGAAAUGAAUAGCAUCUGCGGCUAAAGCUACUUCGGAUGUUUGCGCGUUUACAGCUAUUGUGCUUUUCUAAAACAGUCUAAAUACUCGAGGCUUUAAUUGUUAAUGUGUCCAUAAAGGGGUUUUAGCCAUCAGAAACAGAAACGGUAGAAAAAAUUAAACAUUGUAAUAAAGCAUUACCACUGACUAAGUUACAGCUAAAGUUUGUUAUGUAUGUGGGAUGUUUGUUGAAAUUUUUUCACUGUACUUGCACGUGGUCUGCAGUUGUUUACAAUAAGAUCGGUAUGUUUUAAUCAAAUAAAGGUCAUUUUAAAAAAUUUAUGUUUUCUUACAAAGGCCACGACGUCGACAAAGAGCAACAAGGUGGAUGUUUGUUGCCAGACAGAACCAUUUCACACAUCUUUACACAGUGUUGGUACCCAGUUGUCUUUUAGGACGCUUCAGGCUAAACGCAGGAGUACAAGUGUCCAGACAACAGUAUCCAGUUUUGAACUGACUGUACCAUCAGCGUCCUCUACUGCGUUUAUGACUUCGACACCCCUCAAACCUUCACUAAAAAGACCUCGUCUGGAGCUGGAGGAGGAGGAGGAGGAGGAGGAGGAGGAAGAAGAAGAAGCCGAAGAGACUUUGACAGAGUCAAAAAUUAUAGCCCAAGACUCGGAUGUGAGAUUUGACCCUGCAGAGGAAUGCACAUCUGCAACUGAACCAACAGACUUGUCAAUCCAAGAAUGCCCAGUUCAUAACAUUGCCAAGUUCAUUGUCUAUGAAACAUGCCUCAUGGAGCUCUUCAGUGACUGCCCAGUGUGUCAGAGGAGAUGUGAUGUAAAGUCACAAAGGCUUGGGACAUUUCUGAGCGUACAGCAAGUCUGCCCACACUGCGAGUUUGUAAGAAAAUGGAACAGUCAGCCAAUUAUUGGUAGUACUCCAGCUGGCAACCUGCAUCUUUCUGCUGCUGUCUACUUGAGUGGUGCAUAAUUUUUUGUAGUUGAAAAGGUAUUUGCUGCCAUGAAACUACACAUUUUUAAAUAUGAUUCAUUUCGUCGUCAUGCAAGACUUUGCAUUGAACCUGCUAUUGUCCACAAGUGGAGAAAUUGGCAGAGUGAAAUGCUAGAACAGCUCAGUCGAAGAGAGAAUAUGAUUGUUGGAGGAGAUAAGAGGGCUGACUCCCAGGUCACUCGGCCAAGUAUGGGAGUUAUACAAUGAUGGACCUUGCAACUAACACAGUGGUCGACCUACAGUUAGUCCAGAGUAAUGAGGUGGGCGGCAGUUACCAUAUGGAAAAAGAAGGCCUAAAGAGAAGCCUUGACCUGUUGGAUGCCCGCGGUGUUCGUCUGGAAUGCAUCAUCACAGACCGACAUCCUCAAAUACAGAAAUAUCUCAGGGAUCGAAAUGUCACUCAGUUUUACGAUGUGUGGCAUAUCGAGAAAGGAAUUUCCAAAAAAACUGGACCAGAUAUGCCAGAUAAAGGGGUGUGAGAAGUUGCGUAAAUGGUUGCGUAGCAUCAAAAACCACAUCUACUGGACUGCUGCAUCAUCCACAACAGGUCCUGAAAGAGUGGCAAAGUGGACCUCUAUCAUAAACCAUGUACAUGAAGACCCCAAUUUUCCGGCUUAUCUGCAUCCGCAACGGAUAAGCAGAGACGAGAACAAAUGGCUGUCGGCUGCAACGAUGCCAUUCUACAAGCUGGAGAAAGUUCUCGCUAACAAGAGAAUAUUGAAGGAUGUGGCCAAGCUAAGUCCUCACCACCAGACGUCAACUGUUGAAGCUUUCCACAGCGUCCUACUGCGGUUUGCACCCAAAAAUGUGGUAUUCCCAUUUCUGGGGAUGCUAUGCAGGUUGUACUUGGCUGCACUGCAUUACAAUGAAAAUGCCGGGCGUCCCCAGGCCACAUCAGCAACUGGUAAACCUAUUUACAAGCUUGCCUUUCCAAAGGCAAAGAAAGGAGAGUAUAGGGUCCGAAAAGUGAAGACGCAGCAAACUUUCGGUUAUGUAGAAGAGCUGCUGGACCUCAUCUUCAACCAAGUGUUUGUGGACCCAUCACCCUAUGUUGAUGAAGUGUUGGGAAUUCACAUACCACCUGCUCUAUCAUCAGCCUGCGAUCGACCUGAGAUGGAGGAGGCUAUCUCCAGCAGGGUGACCCGCUUCAAUCAAUAGCUAUCCUAAAACCCACAUAGCUGCCCUGCUCUUCAGGAAACUGUCUCCGAAUCUUCAGCACCACACAGGCAGGAAUCACAACACGGACUCUCCGCCCGAGGAAACCCCAACACCAGCUCGCAAAGCUCCGAUAAGCCAAAAAGCGGCACUGUCUAACAGAGACAUAAUAAUGAAACAUUGUUUUAGAAAUUGCACUACAAUUUGAACUUGGGAGUUAUCACAUAUACAUUUUUAUUUUUGAUAAAGUAACUAGCUUUAACAAAAUUUCAGAAGUCAUAUUUUGUUUAUUCAACUGCCAAUGUUUGAUAUGUUUGUAUGUGUUUGUAGAUAUACUGUACUUUCUAAUGUUCAUGGACAAUUGUAUUUCAUUCAACAAAGUGACAACUUGAAGUUUAUAUUUUAUAUUUGCACAAGGAUACAUUUUAUAUUUGCCAUCACAUUUUAAUUUAUACU